ACUCCUUUUCUUUUCUGGAAUUGUUACCGCAUCAAAAGAUUUUGAUGUUGUUAUGGGUAACAAAGACUUUAAAAUAACAAAAUCACUCAGUGCUGUCUAUAGUCAACAUGUUAGUCAUCCUUCAGAAGGUUAUCAUAAGGCAGAAUUUAAUCUAAAUACCAACUUACCAUCAUUCAAUCCUGAUCAAAGUGGUGUAGAAAGUGUUAUUUGUAAAACGGGAGCAAAUGGUAAAAGAAAAAUUACUUUCAGCUUAAAGGACAAAAAAGCGGUUGAUGAUAUUAAUAAAUGGCCUGAAGAAAUUAUGUUAUUAAUUUCACAUAAAUGGACAUGUUUUGGUAAAAGGUCUACCCAAUUUUUUACGGCUACUGAUAGAGUUAUAAAUGAAUCUAAAUUAGUUGUAACAUUUGCUAUUGAGGAAAGCGAUUUUCCACACAAUUCAGAAGAUUACGAUCUAAAUGUUAAUUGGGUCCAUGGAAAUCAAACAAAUAAUAACACUUAUCAUCGUAAUCUAGAAGAAGGAUUCGGCGGUGUUUCAAUUGAUAUAAGUAAUAAUAUAGGUUUAAAUAUCUUAUUUGACUCAAAAUCUGGUAAAUCUUCAAGUCCAGAUUUAAAAAUUAUAAGUAAUAAUGAUAUGAGAUUGCUUUGCACUAAUUGUUUUACGAAAGGUGAUGCUACUCUUGCAUUGAGAAUUAGGGGUAAAAUUUUUCCUCCUAAAGUAAAAGAAGCUUCAAUUACUCUUAAUGGAAAUUUUCUCAUGAACCUUGAUUUUGCCCUUGAAUCUUCACAGGAGGCAAGUAUUAAUAAUCGUAAAAUUUCUUCAGCUAAAGAUAUUACUAUUUUAAGUAUUGGUUUAGGUCCUUUUAACAUACCAGAUAUAUUAAAUGUCGGUCCUUCAAUUGAUCUUGUUGCUGCUGCCGAUGUUAAUACGGGAACAAGUGAAACUCUUGAAUUUGGUGGUGAUUUUAGUUUACCAAAUUUUAAUGUUCAAGCAUCAUUUGAAGGCGAACCAAAGUUUACGCAAUCCGGAUUUACCCCUAUAGUUAAUGCACAUACUCCAAAUGCUGGUAUCGAAGCUUCUGCUAGUAUUUCUGCUUCAUUAAAACCACAACUAGCUUUUGGUAUAAGUGUACUUAAAGGUCGAAUUUUUAAAGAAACAGUUGGUUUUGAAUUAGUUGGAACUCUUGAAAAUUCUUUUACAAUUGGUAGUAGUUGUGAAAGUAAUACUCAUCCGAUACAUUUUGAAUCUUCUCUUGAUGGUAAUAUAGGUUUUUUCGUAAAUAAUGAAGAUUUCACUAUAUUAAAUUUUCCUACCCUACCUUUAUUAGAUAAAUGUUUAUAA